AUGCCUACUGCUAAGCGUUCGCUGAACAUUCUCAUUGUCGGUGCCGGUCUGGGAGGCUUAGCCUCUGGCUUGGCUCUUCAGACCGAUGGGCAUAAAGUAACCAUUAUUGAUUCUACCCCUGAAUUUGCAGAGGCUGGGGCUGGAAUUCGGGUGCCUCCCAACUCUAGCCGCUUGCUCAUUCGCUGGGGCGUUGACAUGGAGAAGAUGAAGAAGUCUACUUCGAACAAGUACCACUUCAUCCGCUGGCAGGACGGAGACACCAUUGUCAAGGUCCCAUUCGACAACAUUGUCGAGACUCACGGCGCCCCUUAUUAUCUUGUACAUCGUGCCGAUCUCCAUGAAGGCCUUCUCACCGCUGCCUACAAGGCCGGUGUCACUGUGCUCAACAAGAAGCGAGUCAUCUCAUAUGACUUUAAUGCGCCUAGUGCCACAACUCAGGACGGCGAAGUCUUUAGCGCUGACCUCGUCAUUGGUGCUGAUGGAAUCAAGUCCAUUGCUCGACCACUUUUGACCGGCCAGCCUGAUAUUCCUCGUGAUACUGGCGAUGUAGCAUAUCGAAUUCUCAUCCCUGGUGAGAAGCUACUGGCAGAUCCCGACCUCGCUCCUCUCAUCACCGAUCCUUGCACUACUUCCUGGUGUGGCCCAGAAGCCCACCUCGUUGGCUACCCCAUCCGCAACGGAGAGAUGUACAACAUCGUUGUCUGCGCCACGUCCCACAACGAGACGUCGGAUGAAGUAUGGGUCGUCAAGGGGGACAACCGAGAGCUGUGUGAACGCUUCGGAAAGUGGGAGCCCCGCGUGCAGAAACUAUGCGCCCUCACCGGCGACUUUAUGAAGUGGCGUCUUUGCGAUCUGCCAAUCCUCACUCGAUGGGUGCACGAUUCCGGAAAGGUUGCUCUUCUAGGUGACUCUUGCCACCCCAUGCUUCCAUAUCUUGCCCAAGGUGCCGCACAAGCUUUCGAGGAUGCUGCUACGUUGCGCCAGUGCCUUGCUCUUGAUAUAGAUCUGAAGACCGCAUUGAACAAGUAUGAGAGCAUUCGCCGCCCACGGGCAAGCCUGGUGCAAGAAAAGACACGGGAGCACCAGUACAUUCUGCACAUUGAGGAUGGAGAGGAGCAGAAGGUGCGUGAUGAGAGCAUGAGGCUGAAUGCCGUGGAGAAUCCUGUGUUCUGGGGCUACGACGACCGCAGGAAGUGGCUGUUUAGUCACGAUGCCGAGGUUUUGGAGAAGGAGGGUGCUAAUUGGCAAGUGGCAAAUCGAGCUGAGAUGAAGGCUCACUAA